AUGUUGCAGAUCGGGCUGUGGGUGGUGGCGGCGCUGGUGACGGUGCUGAAGAUGGGCGCCAUGGAGGAGGGCAAGGGCCGCGGCAGCUGCUGGUCGUGGCGGCCGCAGGACGAGGACGGCGAGCGCGUCGCCACGCCCAUGCUGGUCGCCGUCCUGGGCGGCCCGCUCGCCGUCGUCUACCCCUGCUGCCUCACCGUGCGCGCACGCCUCGAGGAGCAGCAGCAGUGGAGCGCGGCGGCGUCGCCGUCGUCGCCCGAGUCGCGGCCCCGGCCGCGGCCGCCGCUGUCGCCGUGGCCGCUGCGGCGGUGCGCCGAGCCGGAGCGCGUGCGGCGCACGGCGGCGGCGCUGAUGGCGCUGUCGUCGGCGCUGCUGCUGUCGUGGCUGCCGCACGCGGCGCUGCGCCUGGCGCGGCCCGCGCUCGCCGCCUGGCCCUACGCGUCGCUGGCCUACGCGGCCACGCAGGCCGCCGCGGCGCGCUCCGCCUGCUACAACGCGCUGCUGCUGGCCUGGCUGGACGCGCGCCUCCGCGCCGAGAUGGCCGUCGUGCUCGACACUCAGCCGCGCCACCAGCCCACCUGCUGCGGCGGCGGCCGCCCCGAGGAGCCGGACCGCCCGCACACCGACGCCGAAGACGCCGCCGACGCAGACCCCGACGCUGCCGACGACUACGACGUCGAGGGCGACGUCGCCGACGACUACGACGCCGACAGCCUGGACGACGAGAUGGGCGCCGGCGGCUCCAUCGCGCUGUGCCGGUUGGAGCACGGGCGCGAGCCGCCACCCCCCUUUUCUGUCGUCGACAUCUACAGCCGGCCCACGGCCGUCUCCACGCUCUAA